UUUUAGCUCUUUCGCUCACAAUUUUCCGAGCAGCGGUCCUGAACGGUCCGGUCCCCGUAGUUAGCGAAGCGAUCACGUGAAAAUUUUCCACAUUAAUUUUCCCUUAAAUGGGCUUAACGAUGUGAUGCAUCCGCCCCUAGUUCAAUCAGCUGACGUGAUGGCGAAAAUUUGUUUGAUUGGUGAAGAUUUGAAUUUUCCAGAACCUUGAAGGACAACGACAAUGUGUGGCAUAUAUUGAAAAGGAGUGAAAAUACGUGACGAGAAGAAGAAACGGAGAAUCAGGAAAAUGUGUAAUACUGGUGUCGUAUGAGUGUGCAAGUUUGAAUUUAUUUUAAACCAUAAAUCGGUGACUUUGAGUAUCUGUGGCCAGUGACAUCAGUGAACGGUGACGACAUCCGAAACGACAAUGGACCCAAAAUCAGAUGUUCCGGUAGUUGCCCGUCGGCGAAGGAAGGCGGCCAGGCAGCUUCGUGAGUCUACACCGGAUCCAACACAGCGAGGGGCGGUAACAGAUGGAAGUCAGAGUCAAGCAUCGGACGAUCAGAGUGGAUCGGAUUGCAGAAGUACUGGCCGAAGUACGGUCGAUUCUAGCCCUCGUGGGUCGGUUAAUAGUAAGAAGAGUUUUAUCGAACGAGCGAUGGAAUACGGAAGUCAUCGGAAUAAGAUCCUCAGCAGGAAGGAUAAGAAAUUAACGGUCAUGUCGCAAAGAAGCCGAUCAGUACCACGCGACAGCGAGGAAGUUCCCAGCAGUCCGGAGAUUUUUUCGUUGCUUCGUCGAGCGAAAAAGAGCUUGUCUUCGUCGCGUAAACCAAAAACGGAUGAUUCAAGCGAUGGCGGUAAAAUAUCGGAUACUGAAGUUCGCAAACGGCGUGAACGAAUCGAGCGCUACCAAUCCGAACGUAGCAAAGAUGGCGAUCAAAAAUCGUCUCAACUUCAAAAUAAUCUGACUCGCUUCAACGAAGAGCGUCGUAAAUUUGAGUUGGAAAAACUCAAAUUCCUUCAGGAAAAACGAGAACUAGAUAGGAUGAGGCUAAGGCGAUUCGAUAAGUACCGCGAGGAAUUGUUGGAAGAACAGAGACAAAAGCUCCAAAUUGAGCUACGCAACCGGGAGCGAGAUGAACGCUCCAAGAGCAUUGAAGCUCCGAUUCUGCCUCCAGCACCACCAACGAGAUCCAAAACUCCUGUGUCACCAGGAGCGGCCAGGAAGAAAAUUUUAAUUAUUCCAAAAACGUCCAGCCCAUCGGCUUCGAGUAGCGAAGAAGAAGGCAACAAUACAAGCGAUGAAGAACAUACAGCAACUAUCAGGAGGCGAUUUUCACCAAGAAAACCCAAAAGGCCUAGAUCUGCAAAGAUCGAUCACUUAAAAUUGUCCAAAACACCAGAGCCGGCGACGUCUCCGGAACCAGAAUCAGAACUUCCUUCAGAUUUUCCUCCGGAGCCGGAGCCUGCAGAACCGGAGACGGUUGUUAUUGCCGAAACGGAAACACCUACUGUUGCCGAACCAGAACCGUCAGCCGAUUUAGAGCAGAAGGUAGAAGAAGAGAUGGUGUUGACUCAGAGAAAAACUGCGAAAUCUAAUGAGGAUGGAGCAAAGGAUGAACUAGAUAAAAAGAAAAUCGAAGACGACAAAUGUGAAGGGCACGAUACAACAGAUCAAAAGAAGGUCGAGGCAGCUGUGGAUGAUAAGGAGGUUAUAGGUCCUAAAGAAAAAAAGCGCAGGCGAGCAUUGCUUAUUUACGAAGAGAAAAAGGACGAUUCGUUCACCUGGAGUGAAAUAUUAGGCGAGAUGAAAGACUUCUGGUUAGACUUUUUAGAUGAUAACCCCUUAGAAAUUCGACGGAUAAGAUUACAAAUCAAUGAAUGCGUUUUCUAUUUCGGAGUUAUGGUUUUACUGUGUGGAGUAGGAGGCAUCAUUUUCAGAGUCACUGAGGGUACAUUCGAAUCACAAUACAAAUGCGGUGUCAAAAGGGUAAAGAGGGACUUCAUUGAUCAGCUGUGGGUAUCCAGUCACAGUCAAAGGGAAGAGGACUGGAAACAGACGGCUAGAGCCAGAUUGAGGAAAUUUGAAGAAGAGCUGCAGGUUGCAUUUGAAGCUGGAAUGAAAACCUACAGUGGCAAUACAGCAUGGAACUUUAUCAACGGUGUGAUCUAUUCUCUGACUGUGGUGUCAACAAUUGGAUAUGGCCACAUAUCACCAUCUACAACGACGGGUCGAGCGUUGACUAUUGUAUAUGCUAUUAUCGGUAUUCCCAUAUUUCUCAUAGUUCUUGCUGAUUUUGGCAAACUGUUCACUAGAGGUAUCAAAUUUAUAUGGGCAUACGUUCGCCGAUUAUAUUACACCGGAUCGAUUCGAAAAGUGCGAAAAACAGCUCAAGUUAAGGAAGUAAUGAAAGGACUAAACGUGAUGUAUGAUAUGGUGAGACGUCCCAGCGGUGACCAAGAACUGCAACCGACUAACAUCCAAGGCACAGAACAACCACAGCCUUCAACUUCAGCGGAUGUUCCUCCGACUUGUGAAUCUCCAGCCACCCCAGUUCCUGAAACAUUCGAAAUCGACGACGAAUUCAAUCUUCCCAUUUCAAUUGCAAUCUUCAUUCUUGUCGCUUACAUGCUGUUUGGAGCAACCAUUUACUACACUUGGGAGAAUUGGUCAUUUUUCGAAGCUUUCUAUUUUGUGUUCAUUUCGAUCUCAACUAUCGGUUUCGGAGACUUUGUUCCUCAGCAUCCUAUCUACAUGAUGUGUAGCAUUAUUUAUCUCAUCUUCGGCUUAGCCUUAACUUCGAUGUGUAUCAAUGUUGUUCAACUCAAAUUAAGUGAUAGUUUCCGACAAGCUAGCGCUAAGAUUGGAGCCACUAUUGGCUUGCAGAUGGCAGAAGCCGCUUCAUUACAGCAAUCUCAGUCACAAUCUCACGUACAAACCCCGGUGGAACUGAACACAGUUCACACAAGCACUCCAACAAGUGAUAAUGGAAGCCAACAACAUCCAGUACCACCCACUAGUUUGAAUGGAGAUGCAACCAUGACUCCAGUACUUCCGGAAAGGCCGAAAAAAGUUAGCAACAAUGCUAUCAAAGAUGACAAAAAAGAGUAAACGAAUUACAUAACGAAUUAUAUUUGAACACUGACUGAUUAACGAAUGAAAGUUGUGUGAAAACGAAAGUUUUAACAAUAAAAACCGGUAUUUUUCCCGAUGUUCUAUAGCUACUAAAAUAAGCGAAUAUGCCAUGCACAAUCGCCAUGUUAUUUGAUAAGCGCCUUGCGAGAAUGAAUUUUAUCAUAUUUAUAUACAAUCAAUAGCUUUAAGAACAAAAAUGCACCAAAAAUACAUAUGAAUUAUAUAUUUGAACUCUUCGCCUUAGAUAGGAUAUGUUAAUAAGGGAUUUUCGGUCCAAACGUGAUCUAUGCAAAGCGUGUUUGUUAGAAUCUUGUUAAAUGAGUAGAACGGCAGCGGACUAAACCGGAAACAUGCAGUGGAAAAUAAUAAAAUGCUUUUAACUAAAAUUGUUACUAUAAAUUUAUUUCGGCAUUGCUGAAUUAAAAAAAAUGCGAAUA